AUGCGGGGCCGCACAGUGGCCUUGACACGGAGGAUCUGCUCCACGGCACUCGUCUCCGACCUCCUCGACUCAGCCCCACCGGCCUGCGGUCGUGCCUCGGCGCCGCGCGCAGCUCCGCCGGCCUUGUUGCGCUGCGCCGGCCGCGGUCCGGCCCCGCUGCCGCCCGCAGCUCCACCGGCCGCGGCGCGCCCCGCCGCGCGCAACCCCGCAAGCCGCGGCCGCUCGCAGGUCCACCCAGCCACGGCCAUCCAGCACCGCCGCCGCGCGCAGCUCCGCCAGCCGCGGCGCACGCGGCUGGGCCGCCCGAAUCCGCGCUUCCAAGUCGACGGGCUGCAGAACCUCACUCAGCUCGAGGUCUUCAAUGCGGCGGGGUUCGCUCUCCAGGGGGCGGCAGCGUCCGCGGUGGCCGCGAGCUCCAGUGGAAGGUGCUUGUGCCUCAACCACAACGGUUCAGUGCAGGGCAGCUGGACAGCAUCUGCUAACUGGAACUGGAUAGUUGAUCCUCUAAAUGGUGAAAAAUUCAUCAAAGUUGCUGAGGUUCAGGGAACCGAAAUAAAGCCAUUUGUGGAGAGCUUAUCUACAUGCCCUAAGCAUGGACUUCACAACCCACUUAAAGCUCCAGAGAGGUACCUCAUGUAUGGAGAUAUAUCUGCAAAAGCUGCACAUAUGCUGGGCCAACCUGCGGUUUCAGAUUUCUUUGCAAAACUUAUCCAGAGGGUAUCUCCAAAGAGCUACCAACAAGCUCUUGCAGAAGUUCAAGUUUCUCAAAAGUUCUUGGAAAACUUCUGUGGAGAUCAGGUACGCUUUCUGGCAAGGUCAUUUGCUGUACCUGGCAACCAUCUCGGACAAAGAAGUAAUGGCUACCGUUGGCCUUAUGGCCCAGUUGCAAUUAUCACACCAUUCAAUUUUCCAUUGGAGAUUCCUUUACUACAAGUAAUGGGAGCCCUAUACAUGGGAAAUAAACCGGUCCUCAAAGUUGACAGCAAGGUUAGUGUUGUGAUGGAACAAAUGCUCAGGUUGCUUCAUGAUUGUGGAUUGCCAGCCGAGGAUAUGGAUUUCUUAAAUUCUGAUGGUAUCACCAUGAACAAGCUCCUGUUAGAGGCUAAUCCAAAAAUGACCCUUUUCACUGGGAGCUCACGGGUAGCAGAGAAAUUGGCUGCUGAUUUGAAUGGCCGAAUCAAGUUGGAGGAUGCUGGUUUUGAUUGGAAAAUCCUUGGUCCAGAUGUUCAAGAGGUUGAUUAUAUUGCUUGGGUUUGCGAUCAGGAUGCUUAUGCUUGCAGUGGUCAAAAGUGCUCUGCUCAAUCUGUUCUAUUCAUGCACAAGAAUUGGUCCUCUAGUGGUCUGAUUGAGAAAAUGAAGAAACUUUCUGAAAGAAGGAAGCUUGAAGAUUUGACAAUUGGCCCUGUCCUUACGGUUACUACAGAAGCCAUGACAGAGCACAUGAACAACCUUCUCAAGAUACGCGGAUCAAAGGUUCUGUUUGGUGGUGAACCUUUGGAGAAUCACUCUAUUCCAAAGAUAUACGGUGCUUUGAAGCCAACUGCUGUAUUUGUUCCUCUAGAUGAAAUCCUUAAAAGUGGGAAUUUUGAGCUUGUGACAAAGGAGAUAUUUGGUCCAUUCCAGGUGGUUACAGAAUAUUCUGAUGAUCAGCUCGAGUUGGUAUUAGAAGCCUGUGAAAGGAUGAAUGCACAUCUGACCGCUGCAGUAGUUUCAAACGAUCCAUUAUUCCUGCAGGACGUGCUUGGCAGAUCUGUCAAUGGGACAACAUAUGCUGGAAUCAGAGCAAGGACAACUGGCGCUCCGCAGAACCAUUGGUGA